GAACAUGUUAAAGUUACUGCUCCUUGUUGCGGCCACGAAGCUGGUGGUCGCCGAGCUUCAGCUCUUCCCUGAAGACGGGGGCCUCGCGGACGGCGCCUAUGACGAAAACAGCCUCACGGCGUUGAUCUUCGGAUCACGCGUGCGCCGCCAAGCCGACGCGGACGACUGCGGUGACAGCGCCAACGACAUUUUGGACAGGCAGAUUCCUCACUUCGGGCCUCCGGGCAGAGGGCCACCCAGAGGAGGUCCCCCUCGAGGAGGUCCUCCCAGAGGAGGUCCCCCAAGAGGAGGUCCCCCAGGAGGGCCGCCCGGAGAAGGUCCUCCAGAAGACUCCGAAGGUCCAGGUGGCCAGUCCAACUCCACAGCCAGCGGCCCCGUGUGUCCCAGGCCGCCGCCGCCUCUUAGGAACAGCACCGACGGCCAAAGCGACCCUCCGCCUCCCCCUCCCGGCGGCCAUCACGGUGGCCCUGGCGGUCGUGGGGGCCAUGGGGGACGUGGGGGCCCUGGUGGCCGUGGCAGGCCACGUGGUCCUCCGCCACAGGAGGUUGUUGUCCGCGCAGAAACAGAUGAGUUUUCUCAACAUCCCACACUUCCUAAACGGGAUUUCGUUCAGUGCAGUAGCGUACGACAUCACUGGCGACUUAUGGAAGUGGGAUGAGCAACGAAGAAUGACGCAGAUAUCGUAUAUCGUUGGGGGCAUACUCGCGUACACUCUCUUCGCCUUCCUCUUCCAGAGAUGCCGUCGCAAGACGUGCUUGUACUUGGUGUGCGUAUGUCACUUGACUACGUCGACACUACUGCUCUGCACCAACUCAUAUUGGCUGCUUCAUGUGUCACGAGUUUCCUCUGCCAUCGGUGACAUUGGAGCAGGAAUGUUUUGUGUUAUUUAUGUUAGCGAAAUCGCUCCUGAUGAGAUUAGAGGGUCCUUGGUGGGAAUUCACAAGAUGUUAUUGAAUUUGACAGAAUUGAUUCCUACUGUUAUGUACUUAUUACACGUUCCAUUAAAAUCUCUUCCUUUUUCUUGCAUCUCAAUAGUUAUAAGUGUGUUUGUUGUAAUUUGUACUUACGUCGGUGUACCUGAAAGUCCCAUCUAUUUUCUUCGCAGGGAAGAUAAUGCGGGGGCAAAAGAAUCUUUGGAGUUUUUGUAUGGAAAUGAGGCAAAUGUUUCUCAAUUGAUCGCGAACAGAAAGAAGAUCCUCAAAGCUACACGUUCUGACUUACAAACCACCACCAGUAUUUUUGACGAGUGCCUUAAUCGGCGCACUUUGACAUUUACUUGCAUAGCAAUUGCGUUGUAUUUCUUGCGCAUUAUUGUCGGGUUUUGGUCUGCACGAUUUCACGUUGAAGGUAUUCUCUGGAAAUUGCCCAAAGCGUCUUAUAACAAUGAAUCGCAUUUCCUUAUUAUUCAUGUUUGUCUAAUACUUCUUUCCAAUCUACUUGUACUUGUAUUGUGUGACCGUGUAGGUCGUAAGAUAUUAAUAAUGGUCUCUUUAUUUACUUCCUCGAUUACCUUAAUUGGAGAAGGAAUUAUUUUCUAUGUGCAUUUACUGGAUUAUAAUUAUUGGGAAACAAUUCGUAUACUUUUUAUAGUGUCCUCUUUGAUAUAUUUGAUCAGUUUGAACUUGGGUAUUAGCAUCCUUCCGGAAGUGUUAAUAACCGACAUCUUUGCUCCCAAAGUCCUCAAUACUCAGAUAGCUAUUUUAGGCUCCUUCCACCUGUGUGUUGAUUAUGUUAUUCACUACGAAUUUUACAGCCCUAUGGAACCUCCUCUGAGUGGAUACGGUAUUUUCUUGUUAUUUGGAGGACUAUCAUGCAUCGGAACUCUUUUGUUUUUCAAGUUUCUUUUGGAAACAAAAGGUCGGGCUCCGGGCUUUAUGUUUAUAGAUACUGAAGAAAGUGUUUUGUACAGUACAUUGGAUGAUGAAGAAUAAUUUGUGUUUUUCCUUAUGGUUAUUGAAGAAUAACAAUCAUAUUUCUAAAUGUAAAUACGUUAAUGUAUUUUAUUUAUUACAAAUAAAUAAAUCAUCACUUUGUACUUUUCUAAUAAA